ACACAUAUUUCAGUCUUGAAGUUGAAGGUCACAUACAUUACACACAAUCACAAUUCACACAUUCCUGUCUUGUAACUCAGCAGAAGUCAUGGAUUGGUUCUCAUGGCUUUCAAAAACUGGCCUUGAACCAUCCCUAGUGUAUGACUAUGGCCUUACCUUUACUCACAACGAGCUUGAACAUGAUGACAUGUUCUACUUCAGCCACGAGUUUCUCCAGAGCAUGGACAUAUCUGUCGCUAAGCACAGGCUAGAAAUUCUCAAGCUUGCAACAAAAGAGAAGAGAUCAAAGAGGCCACGCCCGGUGACAAAGCUCAUGGGGGCAAUCAAGAGGACAAAGAGGUCCUUAGCUAACUACGUCCGGUCGUUGAUUCACCGUGAAGAAUCGGCACUUGUGGUGGUGCCAGAAAGGCCUAGUAGUGGUUUUGGGACAAGCUGGAAGAGUGCUGUGAUGAUGAAGAGGAACAAAAAGUUGGUGGGGGCUAAGCAAGAGAGACUCUUUCUCACCAAUGGAAGCCCUGCAGUAGUUCCUGCUCCUCCUAGCCUUGAUGGUUUUUCUAGUCCUGUGGUAUACCAUUUCCAGAAGGACGAAAAGGUGAAUGAAGAUGAAGAUGAUGAUGAUGAUGGGUAUUGGUCAGCUGCUGUUGAAGAAAUCAAGUGGGAUACCAUGUUCCAGGAUCUAAAGCCAAACUAAAAUUUCCCCUUUUCUUGAGUUUUCUUUGGGGGUUAACUCUUUCUAUGAUUUUAUAUUAGUAGCAUGUUCGGAUGAGCUUCUUUUUCCUUAACUAAUUGUGGGACCUAAAAGUCGUCCACAAAAGCUUAUUCCAAGAAUUGAUUCUGGCUUUUGGAUCAAUUCUAGAAGGAUUUCCAUUUGGUUUCACAAUCUGUACAGAAUCCAAAGUAAGUUUACUCAGAAGUUAUGGCUUGUAGCUUCUAACCAAAAGUGAUUCUAGAACAUUUCACUGUGGAACCAAACAUGCUGUAAGUGGCAGUUGAGGGGGGUCACACUCACAUAGUCUGUCUGUUGUAUUACUAGCUCUGUCUCUAUAGCUUUGAUUACAUGUUUAUGUCUUAGUAGGGGGGGAUAUGCAUCAGAUUAAUGUCUUCAGAUGCAAGAAAGUAUUGAGGUAGAUAUUUAGUUUUGUAGCAAGAAGUAUUUAAUUUGAAGCCCAGAGAAUGGGACUUGAGUCUGCUUAA